CCAAUAAUGACCAAAUUCCAAGGAGUGAAGAGUUAUCUGAUAAAUCUGAGUCUAAAGCAACUAUUAACAUGGAAGAGUUAGAUUCUGAUUCAUCAAGUGAUUCUUCUAGCUCAGAAGAUUUGUCAAAAAACUCUGAUCCAAGUGAAUUAGAGGAUUCAGACAAAAAAAAAGAGAAGGAGCCCAAUUUACUAAUAAAAGAACCUCUUGAAGAUUUAAAAAUCAAAAUGCUUAACAGAAAUAGAAAAAUAUAUAUUCAUAACCCAUAUGAAGUACCUAAUUAUGAUGCAGUAGACUUAAAUAAGAAACAGUAUAACUUAUUUAAGAAACAAUGUGAAAUUAACCAAGAUCAGAAAUAUCUAAUAGAAAUCACAUGUAAUGGCACUUGGCAGGGAAUCCAAGAAGCUAUCACCUGUACAGGAAGAUCAAAAUCCUAUAGAGAUUUAAAACUGGUACUAAAAAAAGAGCAAAAGAAACAAAUUAAAGAUAAUUUGGAAGCUAUACUGAGUCAAACCAAAAAUACUGACGUCAUGGUCUUAUUAGAAAACUUAGCAGCUAACAAAUGUCAUGGAGUGCAAAUAGAAGACCUCUUAAAAAUUAAGAGAAGUAUAGACAAGACUUUAUUAACUAAAGUGCAGGAAGCAGAAGAUAUCCAGAUAACUACAAGCAAGUCUGAACAGGAUGUCCAUAUACCGUUAUUACAGAAACAAUUAUCACAGAAAAUAUUUAAAAUACUAGCAACACAUCCUAAAAUAAAAGCAAUGAUAUUAGAAACACUAGGAAGAACUGAGAAACAAAAGCAAGAGCAAAUACGUGAAGUAUACAGAGUUUCAAAAAUAGAGGAACUAGGAAAAGAAGAAGAACAAGAAAGAUAUCAAGAUCCUCGAAAACAAGAAGCAAUAGAAAGAAUGAGAAGAAAACAAAUAGAACAAAUAUUAUUUAAAACUAAUGAAAUAUUGCUCAAGUAUUAG